UCAGGAGAUGGGAGAAUUUGUCAUGUUUGCGCCAACUGCAGACAGGAGUAUUUUAAAGGACACUAACUUUACUGCUAACUACUUCAGGAAAUUGCCUAUAAACUGCUUCAAAGAAAUUAGACACCUGCAAAGUGACAAGGUUGGAAGUAACGGGUGAUAUCAUGGAAGCCAUUGCAAAAUUUGACUUUAAUGCAUCAGGAGAGAAUGAGCUAAGUUUCCAGGCACAAGAUGUUCUGAAGAUCUUAAGUUCUCAGGAAAAUUGGUACAGAGCUGAGUUGAAGAAUUCUGAGGGAUAUGUCCCAAAGAAUUAUGUUGAUUUUCAGGUUCCUGGCUGGUUCCAAGAGAGAGUGUCCCGCCACACAGCUGAGACGAUGCUGAGGGAUAAAGGAUUUGGUGCUUUCAUAGUCCGAGCUAGUCAGAAUUCUCCAGGAGAUUUCUCUAUCUCUGUCAAGCAUGAAGAGGAUGUCCAGCAUUUUAAAGUGAUGAAGGACACAAACAGCAAUUAUUUUCUAUGGAGUGAAAAGUUUCAGUCACUAAACAAACUUGUGGAGUAUUACAAGAAUGUUUCCAUCUCCAAAAACAAACAGAUUUUUCUGAGAGAAGAAAACAAGAAAGGAUCACAAGUAAACCUUAGAGAGGAAGCAUGUGAUAAGAGCCAAUAUAAAAAGGAACAGGAAGCACUCCGUCCUUCAAUAAAAGAUGUAAGACCAUCAGAGCACAAUAAAUAUGAGGAUCCUUUUGCAUCUUGGCAUCAUAAGCAGAAUAGACAUGGCAGAAGCUUAGAUAUUCAAGAUCGGCCUAAGGGCCCAAAGGAUUGUAGAGAACCAGGUGCAUCAUCUAUGUUCCGGAGACACACUGAUCCAGCGCAACAAGUACAGAGGUCAAAAUGGGUCCGGGCCUUGUAUGAUUUUGAGGCGGCAGAGAGUGAUGAGCUAGGAUUCUGCAGUGGAGAUGUCAUAGAAGUCCUCGACAACUCUGAUGAACAUUGGUGGAAAGGCUGUUUACAUGGAACACUUGGUCUCUUUCCUGCCAACUAUGUGCAAUCAAUUAACUAGUAAAUUGUCAUUGUUUCUGAUAGGGGUUUAAUAAGAAUGUCCUAUCAUAUAAAUAGAAGAUACUCUUUAAAUGACUGGUUAAUGUUCGUAGCUCCACAAUCUUAACUACUGUUCAAACACACCACCUCCUUUUCAGCUCACAUGUUCAGGAAGCACUCAGCUAUGGACAGCUUUGAUUUGUUUGAAACAUUAUAGCAGAAAAGUUAUUUUUGGAACACUGUUAAAACUCUUAAAUUCAUUCGGUACUUUUAAAAUUUUUGGGAAGUAGGUUAAAAUAUGCAAGUAGUCCUCAACGUACAACCACAACUA